UUUACCUCUCUAUCGAAUUUAACUGAAGAGCAAGAUUCACUGGUGAAGAUGAGUGCAAAAAAGGGAUUGGAAUUUCUUCGUGCCGUUUCAAGCUACAUGACAAAAACAAACGGGUAUGAUCGGUGCUUGCAGCAGCUUCAAAUGGUCAGCGGAGGUGACGGAAGAUGUACGGCUGAGUUCAAAGUGGCGGAGGAGCACCUGAACCGCGCGGGAGGACUUCACGGGGGCUACACUGCAACCCUGGUGGAUGUUGUGACGACCUAUGCGCUGAUGACGAAGGACAACUGUCUGCCGGGGGUGUCGGUGGACAUUCAUGUGACCUACUUGAAAGCCGCCAAAGAAGGAGACGAUGUGAUCAUCGAUGCCAACACCAUUCGGGCCGGUAAGAACUUGGCCUUUCUAGAGUGCGAGCUCCGACACAAGAAGGAUAACUCGGUCAUUGCCCGGGGACAGCACACCAAAUACAUUGGAACAGGGAGCCCAAAAUCGCAAAAUUAAGAGUGAUAUUUAAGUGCAGUAUUUCUUUCUAAUAAUAGUACAAUAAAUAGGUUCAAAGGUAAUUCGAAAAGUGAAUAAAACUGUUUUUUUUAUUGAGUCGAA